UCUCGUCUCUCAAGACACAACAAGCGGGAAUUCUCAACGAAAUUUGGCGGUACGGCGGUUCGCCUACGGGCGGGGAAGACUGCGCGAAGCUUCUUUACGCAAAGUUUGCGGUGAGGAGCAUCUUUAGACCGACAAACACUGCAAAAGCACACGCGGGCGAGGGAGAAUAAUGUUUGGAGACGAGGCGAUCAAGCUGAUCAAGGAGGCUGAAGCGAGUCAGGCCACGGGAUUGUUGAGACCUUACAACGUCGAGACGGUGCGAGCGGUGCUACUGGAAACGCGUCAAUUGCAAGCGCACAACGAUCAGCUCAUCGCCAGCUAUCCGGGUGGAAAGGCAGCGGGAGAAGCAGCAGCAGAGGUGGACGCGUCGUUGGGUGCUCAGCUGCUGACGCAUCAUCUGAGCGCCUUGCGAAACAAGCGGUGCUUGUUAGCCUACCACAAUCAUCGCAUGGAUUUCUUGCGCAGAGCGCUGUGGGAUAAAGCUGGAAGCGCUCAGUUGUUGCUGGAAGAAGGCAGGGGAAGCGAAUUGGGAGCGCUAAAGAGCAGAUUGAGCGCGGAGGAGGUUAGGGGUGUUAGAGCUUAUGCGGAACUGCUUAGGGCUUACAAGGAACAAUUUCUGGACGUCGUCGAUCUGACCGCUCCUCUGCAUCGAUCUGGACAUGGUGCGGGUGAGGGUGCGGGUGAGGGUGAGGGUGCGGGGGGAAGUGCGGGUGGGAGGAUGAUGAUGAUGGGGAGGGAUGUUGGACCGCCGUUGGAAUUGAUGGUCACCAUCGUGGCUAGGAGGGAUGCGAGGGAUGUGAUGACGGAGAGGGGAACGAUCAGUUUGAGGAUGGGAGAGAGGUUCAGAGUGGCUAGGAGCGAGGUGGAGGGAUUGAUAGUCAGGGGUUGGGUCAGCGUGGUGGAUGAGUAGAGGUAAGGGAAAGGGAAGGGUGGGGGCGAGAAUUGGCA